AUGGUGAACAAGGUCCUGCUCCUAAGCGCAAAGAGGCAUUACAUUACUUCAAAAGCAUACUUGUUCCUCAUGGAAGCACUGGAUGCAUACACUACCAUCAACAUGCCUGGUAUCAUGAUUGAACAUAUGAAAAAGGUGGCAGACUUCAAGGAAGGGAACCAUGGUUUGCCUUAUGGGUUCUUGCUCACUAGAGUGUUUGAAUACUUCAAAGUCCCUUUGGGAAGAUUAGCAGUGGGAACGCAAAAGCAGAUCUUCUUAAUGACAACCUUAGAGGAAUGCGAGUAUAUAGACAAGAAGGGGGGUGUUGGCAGCAAUUCUACUAUUUCUCAGUUAAUUGAUACUCAGACUACUGCUAACGAGGAAAUAAGGAGGAUGGAGACUAGGAAUGCCAUUCUUGAGCGACAGCUCAGUCAAGCCAAAGAGGAACCUGGUUCUACCAGUGAAAAGGGUGUAGAGGUUGCUCGCUUGACUGCUGAAAAUGCAGACCUGAGGAAACAGGUUAAGGACCUGAAAGAGCAGCUGAUAAACGAGCAACGCUAUGAAAGAUCAGCCCUCUUUGUAUUUGGUGAUUCCCUAUUUGAUCCUGGGAAUAACAAUUAUAUAAAUACCACUACUCAAUUCCAAGCUAAUUGGUGGCCUUAUGAAUUCGUUGUAUUGUUUUUAGCCGAAUAUGCAGAGUUGCCACUCAUUCCAUCGUAUUUUGAGAUUGGCAAAGAUGGAUCUAUCCAUGGAGUGAAUUUCGCAUCAGGUGGAGCUGGCUGUUUAAAAGAAACUUUUCGUGGCUUUGUUAUAGACCUUAAAACACAAUUGAAAUACUUCAAAAAAGUGGCUAAAGAUUUGAAGAAGUUUGGAGCAAAAAAGUCCAAACAACUCCUCUCCAAUGCUGUAUACAUAUUUAGCGCUGGAAAUAAUGAUUACUUUGAAUUUCCUGUGACAUAUUCCAAGGAAGAAUAUGUAAAGAUGGUAGUGGGAAAUUUGACAUCUGUUUUGAAGGGAAUAUACAAGAAAGGAGGGAGAAAAUUUGCCAUUCUUAGUUUGGCUCCUUUGGGUUGUACACCAGGUUCUAGGGCUCUUAAUUUCCAACAAGGAAAUAAAAGUGGCAACUGCCUAGAAGAACUGACAAACCUUGCAAAAUUACACAAUUCAGCUUUGCCUAAAAUGCUAAAGCAACUAGAGGAUAAAUUACCUGGAUUUAAGUAUUCCUUGUUUGAUUUCUUCAAAGUUGCUAUUGAAAUAAUUGACAACCCUUCAAAAUAUGGUUUUAAAACAUCUAAAAGUGCUUGUUGUGGGACGGGUCCAUUCAGAGGAAUUUAUAGUUGUGGAGGCAAGAGACAAGUAAAAGAGUACAAGUUGUGCAAAAAAGUGAAGGAUUAUAUGUUUUUUGACUCUGGUCAUCUUACAGAAGUGGCAUACAAACAAGUUGCUGAAUUACUAUGGAAUGGAACUGUCGAUGUUGUUGAGCCUUACAAUUUAAAGUCAUUUUUCGAUCUUUCAACAUAGCUUAUAAUAAUUGGUGGCAUUAUUAAAUAAACAACUUUUGUUGAUAAGGUUUUACAUUAAACGACUUCAAAUCUCAUGAUUCCUUCAUACUUGAGAAAACUUGUCAAUUUGAUGUGUUUGGAAUUGGAGAUUAAUUGUUUGGAUGCUAAUUAUUAAUAAAUUCCCUUUGAUUGGAUGAGUU